AUGUCUCCACCGGUAACUUCUCGUGCUGCUUCUGGCCAAGCUUCUCCGCGCUCGAACGGUUCCUUGUCUCCACCGGCGUUCGUGGAUGAUCAGGGAUCCGUCUCGUACAAUUCGGACUCUCCAAGAGAUUUGAGUCCUCUUCUUCUUUCGGAGCUAGCUUGCUUGAACAUGCGUGAAGUCGUCGCAAGACCAGGACUUGGAACCAUCGGUCGUCAAAUUCCGGUCAAAUCCAACUUCUUUGCUGUUGAUUUGAAAAAUCCGAAAAUGGUUGUGAUUCAAUAUCACGUCGAAGUGCAUCAUCCAGGAUGCAGAAAACUGGACAAAGAUGAAAUGCGUAUCAUCUUCUGGAAGGCAGUGUCUGAUCAUCCGAACAUCUUCCAUAACAAGUAUGCAUUGGCUUAUGAUGGUGCCCACCAACUUUAUACUGUUGCUCGUUUGGAAUUCCCUGAGGCAACAAUUCGUCUGGAUUGUGAGGCCACUCUUCCGAAAGACAAUCGUGAUCGUACUCGUUGUGCCAUUUCGAUCCAAAAUGUUGGACCAGUAUUGUUGGAAAUGCAACGUACUCGUACCAACAAUUUGGAUGAACGUGUUCUCACUCCCAUCCAAAUUUUGGAUAUCAUUUGCCGCCAAUCGUUGACUUGUCCUCUUUUGAAGAACUCCGCCAACUUUUACACUUGGAAAUCUUCCUGCUACCGUAUUCCAACUGCAGCUGGACAGGCUCUUGAUCUGGAAGGUGGAAAAGAAAUGUGGACUGGAUUCUUUUCGAGUGCUCACAUUGCAAGUAACUACCGUCCAUUGUUGAACAUUGACGUGGCCCAUACUGCCUUCUACAAGACUCGUAUCACUGUUCUCCAGUUCAUGUGUGAUGUUCUCAAUGAGAGAACUUCCAAACCGAACCGUAACAACAAUCCACGUGGAGGCCCAGGAGGACCAGGAGGUCCAGGAGGAUAUCGUGGUGGACGUGGAGGAGGAAGAGGUGGGGGAUACGGUAACUUUGGUAAUCGUGGAGGACCACCAAACGGAGGAGGUCGUGAUGAUUUUGGAGGAAAUGGACUCACAUUCACUAUGGAUACUUUGAGUCGUGAGACCCAAUUGUCCCAAUUCGAAUCGAGAAUCUUCGGAGAUUCAAUUCGAGGAAUGAAAAUCCGUGCAACUCAUCGUCCUAAUGCCAUCCGUGUCUACAAGGUGAACAGUCUUCAACUUCCAGCUGACAAGCUCAUGUUCCAAGGAAUUGAUGAAGAAGGUCGUGAAGUUGUUUGCUCGGUUGCUGACUACUUCUCUGAAAAGUACGGACCUCUCAAGUAUCCGAAGUUGCCAUGUCUUCAUGUUGGACCUCCAACUCGUAACAUCUUCUUGCCAAUGGAGCAUUGUCUUAUUGAUUCUCCACAGAAGUACAACAAAAAGAUGACUGAGAAACAAACAAGUGCUAUCAUCAAGGCUGCUGCUGUUGAUGCGACUCAACGUGAGGAGAGAAUCAAACAAUUGGCUGCACAGGCUUCAUUCUCGACGGAUCCAUUCCUUCGUGAAUUCGGAGUUGCCGUCUCUUCUCAAAUGAUUGAAACAACUGCUCGUGUCAUUCAACCACCACCAAUUAUGUUCGGAGGAAACAAUCGUUCCGUGAAUCCAGUUGUUUUUCCGAAGGACGGAUCAUGGUCAAUGGAUCACCAGACGCUUUACAUGCCAGCCACAUGCCGUAGUUAUUCGAUGAUUGCUCUUGUGGAUCCACGUGAUCAAACGAAUCUUCAGACAUUCUGUCAAUCUUUGACCAUGAAAGCAACUGCAAUGGGAAUGAACUUUCCUCGUUGGCCGGAUCUUGUCAAAUACGGUAGAUCGAAGGAAGAUGUUUGCACCUUGUUCACUGAAAUUGCUGAUGAAUAUCGUGUCACUAGCACUGUUUGUGACUGCAUUAUUGUGGUUCUUCAGGCUAAAAACUCGGAUAUCUACAUGACCGUGAAAGAGCAAUCUGAUAUUGUUCAUGGAAUCAUGUCUCAAUGUGUUCUCAUGAAGAAUGUCAGUCGUCCAACACCAGCUACUUGUGCCAACAUUGUGUUGAAGUUGAACAUGAAAAUGGGCGGAAUCAACAGUCGUAUCGUUGCUGAUCAAAUUACCAACAAAUACCUUGUGGAUCAGCCAACAAUGGUUGUCGGAAUCGAUGUCACCCAUCCAACUCAAGCUGAAAUGCGCAUGAAUAUGCCAUCGGUGGCUGCUAUUGUUGCCAACGUAGACUUGCUUCCACAAUCUUAUGGUGCGAAUGUGAAAGUGCAGAAGAAAUGUCGCGAGUCGGUUGUCUACUUGCUCGAUGCUAUUCGUGAAAGAAUUAUCACUUUCUACAGACACACCAAGCAAAAGCCAGCUCGUAUUAUCGUCUAUCGUGAUGGAGUUUCGGAAGGACAGUUCUCGGAAGUUCUUCGUGAAGAGAUUCAAUCCAUUCGUACCGCCUGUCUUGCAAUUGCAGAAGAUUUCCGUCCACCAAUCACCUACAUUGUUGUUCAGAAGAGACAUCAUGCUCGAAUCUUCUGUAAAUUCCCGAAUGAUAUGGUUGGAAAAGCAAAGAAUGUUCCACCUGGAACUACUGUCGACACUGGAAUUGUUUCUCCCGAAGGAUUUGAUUUCUACUUGUGUUCUCACUAUGGAGUUCAAGGAACUUCUCGUCCUGCGAGAUAUCAUGUUCUUCUCGACGAAUGCAAGUUUACUGCUGAUGAAAUCCAGAGUAUCACUUAUGGAAUGUGUCACACCUAUGGACGUUGUACUCGUUCUGUCUCUAUUCCAACCCCUGUUUACUAUGCUGAUUUGGUUGCUACUCGUGCCCGCUGUCACGUCAAAAGAAAGCUCGGUCUUGCCGAUAAUGCUGACUGUGACACCAACUCGAUGUCUUCAUCUCUUGCUUCGUUGCUCAAUGUAAGAACUGGAAGUGGAAAAGGAAAGAAGUCGCAUAUUUCGAGUGUUGAGGAUGAGACUUUCUCUCUCCCAGAUGCUUCUUCUGAUCAAAUUCUCCAGGAUUGUGUUUCGGUUGCUGGAGACUUCAAGAGUCGUAUGUACUUCAUUUGA